CUUGAAAUGUCUAAUAAUCACUUAUCAACAAGAUUUGUAUUAUCUGAUCUCUUUAUAAUUUCCAGUACUACAUCGGGUUUGAUGAAUAUCAUCGAUAAAAAUAUAUCGUGAAAUUUUAUACUAUAAUGAAGUUUGGAAUUUCAGUUUUAAUUAUUUUUUAUUUCAAUGGAGCAUUGAGUUUACACCAGUCCGCCUUGAUACAUAACUUCACAGAUGACUUUAGCUUUGGAGUUGCAACUUCAGCCUACCAAGUGGAAGGUGCUUGGAAUACAUCUGGAAAAGGAACGAGUUUUUGGGACUUUAUUACCCACAAUCGUCCGGAAAUAAUUGACGAUCGCAACAACGGUGAUGUCGCUUGCGAUUCAUACCACAAAAUUGAUGAAGAUAUUAAAUUAUUGCAGGAUUUAGGAGUCGACCAUUACAGAUUUUCCAUAGCUUGGACGCGCAUAUUGCCAAACGGAUUGGAAAAUCAGAUUAAUUCGGCAGGAGUUGCCUAUUACGAUGAACUUAUCACUAAACUGCUGGCAGCUGGAAUAGAACCAUGGGUCACCAUCUAUCACUUUGACCACCCCUACGGUGUCCACCUCCUAGGAGGAUGGUUCCAGCCGAAGAUAGCAGACUAUCUAGCAAGCUACGCAGAUAUACUAUUCUCUAAGUUCGGAGACAAAGUUAAAACAUGGAUAACCAUCAAUGAACCAUAUUCGAUAUGCAUUGGCCUUAUAGAAGCAUUGGGCCCAGACAUUCCCCGUGGCAUAGCUGAAUAUAUUUGCGGUCAAAACAUUUUGAAAGCCCAUCUCAACAUUUGGGAGGUUUACAAUAAAAAGUAUAGGGCGAAGCAAAAAGGUAAAUUAAGUAUGGCUGUCAAUCUACAAGCACAUUUGCCUGCAACAGACACACCGGAAGACAUUGAAGCAGUUGAAAGACUUAAUCAAUUUGCAUUUGGUUGGUUUGUUCAUCCUCUGAUUUUCGGCAACUACCCCAAAAUUAUGAUCGACACGAUAGCAAAAUACAGUGAAGAGCAAGGUUAUACGGAAUCUAGAUUGCCAUCGCUGUCACCUACAGAUUUGGAUAAGUUAAAAGGUGCCUACGACUAUAUAGGUCUAAAUAUUUAUGACACAUUUUUGGUAUCUGCUGACAAUGAGACUAUAGACAAAACACCGACUUACGAAAAUGAUUGUGGUGCUAAGUUUUUUGAGCCAGAGUGGAAUACUUCGUAUACAAUAGAAAUGAGAGCAAAAGGAUUUGGAGUCGUGUUGAAUUGGAUUAAAAAUACUUAUGGAAAUCCAGAAAUACGUAUUACAGAACAAGGUUAUCCUGAGGAUGAAUCGGAUAAAUCUGACCUCGCUGAUGUGAAUAGACGAUCAUUUUUAUUGGCUAGCAUGAAAGAACUCUUGCACGCCAUCAACAUAGAUAAAGUAAAAGUAACUGGCUAUACAUUUUGGAGUUUUAUGGAUAAUUUUGAAUGGAACCGUGGAUACACGAAAAAAUAUGGAUUAUAUUAUGUAGACUUCGAUGGAGAAAGCAGACGUAGAAUACCGAGAUUUUCAUCUGAAACAUUUGCGUCCAUUACAAACAACAGAACUUUGCAAGGAUUAGUUUAGUAUUUAUUUGUAUAAUGUUGAAAUUUAAAAAUAUACGUGUCUAACCCGUAAUUGCU